GUCACUGCUAUGGCCGGCCGCGAUGUGGGGCUUCUUCUCUCGGGAUCCUGUCAAGGAUUUUCCCUUCGAGACGGGCGGCAGCACCGAGGCCUCGCUGGGCUUGUGGCAGCUGCAGACGGGCCGGAGGAAGGUUACCAAUGACCCCGUGUCCGUCUUUGUGUACGACGUCAAGCCCAACUCUGAUGAGCGGACGCAGGUGGCGAAAGCGGCGUUCAAACGGCUGAAAACCCUGCGCCACCCGAACAUCCUGUCCUUCGUCGACGGGUUGGAGACGGAGAAAUGCCUGUAUGUGGUGACGGAGCCGGUCACGCCGCUGGGAAGCUACCUGAAGGCGAAGGCGGCCGUGGGGGGGCUGAGCGAGCCAGAGAUCUCCUGGGGCCUCCAUCAGAUUGUGAAAGCCUUGUCUUUCCUCGUGAACGAUUGCAACCUGAUCCACAACAACGUGUGCAUGGUGGCCGUGUUCGUGGACCGUGCGGGCGAGUGGAAGCUGGGUGGCCUUGACUACAUGUACCCAGUGCAGGGAGACACACUGCCGACCCUGAAGGGCUUCCCGGAGCUUGACAAGUACGACCCGCCAGAGAAGACAGACACGAAUGCAAGCAGAGGGGAGAAAUGGUCAGCCGAUAUGUGGCGUCUGGGCUGCCUGAUCUGGGAGAUUUUCAACGGACCACUGCCGAGACUGUCCUCCCUCCGCUCCCUCGGAAAGAUCCCCAAGCAGCUCGUCCCACAUUACUGUGAGCUUGUUGGAGCCAAUCCAAAAAUACGGCCGAACCCAGCCAAGUUUCUGCAGAACUGCCGCAAGCCCAAUGGUUUCAUGAACAACACUUUCAUAGAAACCAACCUAUUCCUAGAGGAGAUUCAGAUUAAGGAGCCGGCUGAACGACAGACCUUCUUCGCAGAGCUGAGUUCGCAGCUUGACAGUUUCCCCGAGGACUUCUGCAAGCACAAGAUCUUACCACAGCUGCUAACGGCGUUUGAGUUCGGCAAUGCUGGGGCAAUCAUCCUUGCUCCUCUGUUCAAAGUGGGCAAGUUCCUGAGUGCUGACGAAUACCAGCAGAAGAUCAUCCCCGUUGUGGUUAAGAUGUUUUCCUCUACAGACAGGGCAAUGAGGAUUCGCCUUCUCCAGCAGAUGGAGCAGUUUAUACAAUAUCUCAACGAAGCGACUGUCAACUCCCAGAUCUUCCCCCACGUCGUCCACGGCUUCACGGACACUAACCCAGCGAUCAGGGAACAGACGGUCAAAUCAAUGUUGUUGCUGGCCCCUAAGCUGAGCGACGCCAACCUGAACAUGGAGCUCAUGAAGCACUUCGCCCGCAUGCAGACCAAAGACGAUCAGGGUCCCAUCCGCUGCAAUACCACCGUCUGUCUGGGCAAGAUUGCCGCCCAUCUCAACGCCAACACGCGGCAGAGAGUCCUCAUCUCGGCCUUCUCGCGGGCGACGAGGGACCCGUUCGCCCCCUCCCGUGCCGCCGGAGUACUGGGCUUCGCAGCCACGCACAAUUACUACUCGAUCUCCGACUGCGCCUGCAAGAUCCUGGUGGUGCUGAGCCCCCUGACGGCAGACCCCGACAAGAACGUCCGUGAUCAGGCCUUCAAAGCUAUCCGGUGUUUCCUGACAAAACUGGAAACAGUGUCAGAGGAUCCGUCCGGAGCUGAGGAUGUGGAAAAGGACACCAGCCCGGCCCCGACAACCCCAGCCGCUGCCCUGGGGGCAGGCUGGGCUGGCUGGGCCGUCUCAGGGGUCUCCACUCUCACAUCCAAGUUCAUUCGAACGAACCAGGUAGCCGGAGGUCAGUCGGCAGAGGGUCAGCCGGCUGAAGCAGCCCCCAGCACUGAAGGAGGAGGUGAAUCCAAAUCCCCAGGCACUCCAGCUGCACCAGCUCCCAGCAAAGAGGCUGAUGACGAGGAGGAGGCGAAGGUGGAAGAGGAGGAGAGGUGGGACGACGAGGACUGGGGCAGCCUGGAGGAGCCGGGGAAGUCUGAGGCGCCCGACGAGAAGGGAGACUGGGCCGGUGCUUCCGAGUGGUCACUGGGUCAGAGCAGCAGGACCAAGGCUGCCGUGGGCACGAGUACCGCUGCAGCUGGGACCACAGCGACGAAUCCCAUUGCCUCUGACUGGGACACAGCAGACUGGAACGUGAAUGGGGGCUGGACGUCCACAGCCGCAGUACCGCACGGGCACGGCUCCGGAGAAGACAGCUGGAGCACCGAGUGGGGCAACGACACGGCAGCAGGUACCGGCCAGAAGGCCAAGGGUUCCUCCUCGAGCUGGCGGGACACCCGGCCGGCCAGUGAGUAUAACUGGGAUGGAACAGGCAGUGGGAGAAGGCAGGACAACUUCACCACCGUCCCUCAAGCAACUGCUGCUGGUCAGAAAGCCGAGGACACUUGGAGCACCGAUAUUGCCGGCAGCUGGGACACAGAGGGCAACUGGGAGUCGGUUGACUUGGAUCAAGGAUUAAGUAAAUCUGAUCUCGCCAGGAAGAAGCGGGAGGAGAGGAAGAAGGAAAUUGAAGCAAAGCGAGCAGAAAGGAAGGCUGCCAAAGGACCACUGAAACUUGGUGCCCGAAAAGUUGACUGAGUUAAUGGUGCAGGGCACUAUGAGGGUGUAAUUUUUGACAUAUUGUCUGGUGUAUGCAGACACUGCUGUGAUGAUGCCUGAUAUGCCCUAACCAGCCAGUACAUAGCAGAGCUGCUGUCUUCACAAGUGCAUGAUUUGACUAUUGGACCACAACCUUAAAUAAGAUUGUGUCUUGCUGUAAUUUUGAUUUAUGCAGUAAAAGGACAGUUAAAUGUUUUUUGUAAUUAUUGCAAUACCUGUGCACAAAUAGCUGUGAAAAGCAUUCUGAUGCAGUUUGUCAAUUAUCCAGCAUCAGGAAAUAAACACUCAAAGAUGG